AUGUCUCUCCAAAUCGGCUGCGGCGCUGGAACACCCGACUCAACAUCCGAGCGAGCCCGCCAAACACCAAAGACCAUCUUCGACUGGACAUACGAUCCUGUCAAUAGGCCUUAUCACGGGCCACCCUGUCUCGCGGCACCCUACAGCCGUCCAGAGGGCUUCCCAGUCCGGCUCAUCGCUGUUGGGGCCCUUGGGGGCUACAUGGGCGGCUUCUUCCUCCCAGCCGGCGACAUGAUAUUAAAAACGAUUGACCUCGAGCUCGUGCCCUGGACAGAGCUCCAUCCAAGCGACGGCCUCUCGGAGCGCGGAUGGAUCCGCAAAUAUGUGACGCCCAACUUCGAGGUGCAGAUCGUCAGCGGCUGCGCGUUCGAGCUCGGCAAGAAGUGGUCGCAGCACGAGGGCCUCCUCGCCCUACCUAAGCAAGGAAGGAGCCGCAGCGCAUAUGAUCUGUUUCGGCCGGAUAGCGCCAACGCCUUUGAGGUGAAGGACGGCCGGGUCGUGGUAUACGUUCACUUCCAAAUCGCGGAGGGAGAGUGCUCGAAUGGGUGUACCAGUAUUCUUCGUGGCACUCAUGGAAGCCUAUGUGCCAGAGAAGCUCAAUGGAUUGGGGAGGACGACGACGAAUCAAUGUAUGACUCCGAUGGGCCCGGAAGCAACUAUCAAAGGAAGCGUCCUCUUGCUCGGCCGGCCCAGCAGCCCCCAGUUCGGAGGAGAGAUCUACUCCAGUCGCACAAUGCCAGCAGCAGUGACAUUGAUGGGAGCAGCGGCAGCAGUGGUGACGAAAGCGGUAGCAGCAGCGGUAGUGACAGCAACAGCGACAGCGGUAGUGAUACUGGCGACGACUCCGGCAGCUUGAGCGGCAGUUUGAGUUGCAGUCUGAGCGGCAGUGGCGGCAGCGAGGACGGCAGCGACCUCUCCUCGGACUCGGAGUCGAAAAGCGAGUCGAGACACUCCCCAAGUCCACGAGCCGCUGAGCGAGCGCCCGUCAAGGCCACCAAGCAAGCACCUGUCAGAGCCCCCCCACGAGCUCCCGCUGAUCCAAACAAGCAACCAGCCCCAAGGGACAGACCAGUUCCUACAGCUGAAGCCACACGCCAGCCGCCGAGUUCCCAAACAGCCAACUCGAGGAAGAGGCCUCGCACAGAGGAAGGGUCCGGAGCGGUGGCCCCUGCGAGUGGCCCCGAUGACUCUACCGUGUGCAUCAAGAUCGAGGAUGAUGCAGAGGAAGGUAAUUGGGCUGCUGGGCCGGCAGCUCGCACGCGUGGAGCAGCUUCGAGACGCCCUGCAGAGAAGAGGGCGCGAUUCAGCAAUGGUUGCUAG